AAAAUUAAAAUGUCAGUUUCGAGAGUCGCAGUUGCCGCCGUCGCCGUCGCACUCAUCUUCGCCAUUGCGUUGCCUGCUGCUGUUCAGGCUCAGGGCAUGGCGCCGGCUCCGGCCCCAGUCGCCACCAGCGAUGGGACGUCGAUUGACCAAGGAAUCGCUUAUGUGCUGAUGCUGCUGGCUUUGGUGUUGACUUACCUGAUUCAUGCGGCAGAUGUGACUCCCAGCUUCUAGAUUAGACGAGGAGAUGAUGAUGAAGAGCAGGAAUGAAUUGAUUUCGUGAUUCAUUUCUUUGUCAAUUGGGUUUUGGAACCUUGGUCUUCUGUAUUUUAAGGUGGUCCUCUGGUUUGCCUGUGUAUUUAUUGUUUUGAUCAUGGAGGACAAGUUGGGAUCUCUUUCGUAUUUGGUGAAGAAGUAGAAGAAGAACAAAUGUGGGGUGUGUUGAGAGGGAUUCCAGUGGCAAUUGCUAAUGUUAUCAUCUUGUUUGGUGGGCUUAUAUUUCUUUCCUACUCCUGUCCCUUUCAUUACUCUCGUCAAAGUUUCCCAGCAUCGUUCUGGACUGUCAUUGCUUGAAGAAUCAAAGCAUUGCAGCACCAGCACGCGACCCGGAUGCGAAUGAAACUCGGAGCAAAUUCGUGCCACACUAAUGGUUUCAUUUGCUGAGAAACAGACAGUAUCUGGCAUUGGAAGACAAUGUCGAUAGCAACAACUGAAGAACAAGCUUAAGAGGGCCAUAGAAUAUUCAUCAGCUGGUCAUCUUAAAUUGACCAUUCAAAGUUUUACAUCAUUGUGUGAGGAAACAUCAAAAGAGCAAAAACAAUGAGUGUCAGAUUCGAGAUCGAAGAAUUUCAUAAUCUACUUAGCACCUCUGAAUAAUCAGAAACUAAGAU